AUGUCGUCGGCGGCGGUGGCGGCUGCUUCCCGCAGGCAGUCGUGCUACCUGUGCGACCUGCCCCGCAUGCCCUGGGCCAUGAUCUGGGACUUCACCGAGCCCGUCUGCCGGGGCUGCGUCAACUACGAGGGCGCCGACCGCGUGGAGUUCGUCAUCGACACGGCGCGGCAGCUGAAGCGGGCGCACGGCUGCUUCCCCGAGGGCCGGGCCCCGCCGCCGCCCCACGCCAAGCAGCCGCCGCUCUCCACCAAGGAGCUCCUGGCGCAGCAGCAGCAGCUCGGCCACCCCGCGGCGGCGGAGGCGGCGGCGCGGCCCCCGCCGCAGCCCCUGGAGCGCUACCCGCUGGCGGCCGAGCGGCCGCCGCCCCGCCUGGGCGCCGAGUACGGCGGCGGCCGGCAGGUCAACGGCAUCCUGGUGCCCAACGGCUUCCCCAAGCCCGAGGAGCCGCCCGAGCUCAACCGGCAGAGCCCCAACCCGCGGCGGACGCACGCCGUGCCCCCCACCCUGGUGCCGCUGGUGAACGGCGCCGGGCUUCCCGCCGCCAUCGGCGGCCUGGGCAGCCGCGCCGCCGCCGCCGCCGCCUCGCUGGCCGCCAUCUCCGCCGCGCCCGCCCCGAUGGCCGUGCCCGUCCCCCAGCAGCCGGCGGCGGCGGCGCAGGCGGCGGGGCAGGCGGCGGGGCAGCCCGGCGAGCUGGGGCACAAGCGCCCCGGCUCCGUCUCCUCCUCCUCCUCGGGCGGCGGCGGCGGCGCGGCGGGGGAGCACGACGGCGGCGCCAAGGAGAAGCGGGGCUCGGCCGAGAGCCUGCCGGCGGCGGCGGCGGCGGCGGAGCUGGGCGCCGAGGGCAAGGGCCGGGCGGGCGGCGAGCAGGAGUGGCUGGCCAAGCCCAAGACGGUGCGGGACACGCUGCUGGCCCUGCACCAGCACGGCGGCCACGCCGUGCCCCCCUUCGACAGCAAGUUCAAGAAGGAGCCGGGCAUGGCGGGCGGCAGGCUGAUGGGCUACGAGACCAACGGCGCAGUGGCCAAGCCAGGGGCCCGGGCCGCCCGGAAGAGGAAGCCUUCCCCCGAGCCGGAGGGCGAGGCGGGACCCCCGAAGAUCAACGGCGAGGCGCAGCCCUGGCUGCCCACCUCGUCGGAAGGGAUGAAGCUGCCGCUGACGGCCACCCCCUUCAUGUCGCCCCCGCCGCCCACCGCCUCGCCCCACUCCAACCGGACCACGCCGCCCGAGGCGGCCCAGAACGGCCAGUCCCCCAUGGCCGCCCUCAUUUUGGUGGCGGACAAUGCCGGGGGCAACCACGCCUCCAAAGACGCCAACCAGGUCCACUCCACCACGCGGAGGAACAGCAGCAGCCCCCCCUCGCCCUCCGCCAUGAACCAAAGAAGGCUGGGCCCCGGCAGGGAGGUGCCGGGCCAGGGGGCCAACGCGGCGGGCGGGCUGGAGCCCGUCCACCCCGCCAGCCUGCCGGACUCGUCCCUCGCCGCCAGCGUCCCGUUGUGUUGUACCCUCUGCCACGAGCGCCUGGAAGACACCCACUUCGUGCAGUGCCCCUCCGUCCCCUCCCACAAGUUCUGCUUCCCCUGCUCCCGGCAGAGCAUCAAGCAGCAGGGAGCCAGCGGGGAGGUGUAUUGUCCCAGCGGGGAGAAGUGCCCCCUGGUCGGCUCCAACGUCCCCUGGGCCUUCAUGCAGGGGGAGAUCGCCACCAUCCUGGCUGGAGACGUGAAAGUGAAAAAGGAGAGGGACUCGUGACUUGCCCGCUCUCGCCGCCCGCCGUCACCUUGAACUCGAACUGCUCGAAUUCUGUAUAUAUCUAUAAAUAUAUAUAUAAAUAUAUAUAUAUCUCCAAGACAAGGGAAAUGUAGACUUCAUAAACAUGGCUGUAUAAUUUUGAUUUUUUUGAAUACAUUGUGUUUCUAUAUUUUUUGAAGACAAAAGGUAUGUACUUAUUAUAAAGGCAUUUCUUCUAAUUCUUCUCCUUUUUUGUUUUUUUUUUUUUUCUUUCUUUUUUUGGGCGGGUUUUUUUGGUUUUUGUUUGGGGUUUUUUUGUUUUUUCCCUUUUGUUAUAGCAACUAUUUGUUGUGCUUCCCUGGUGACAGUUACUGUUCAAUGUAGGCUGUGACUUGCGCUGCUUUUUUUAGAGAGCACUUGGCAAACCAGAAAUGCUUCUAGCUGUAUUUGUAUGCACUUGUUUCUUUUUUUUUUUCCCUUUUUCUUUUGUUUUUUUUUUUUUUAAAUGCCAAAUACACUUUCUGACAUUGUAAAGAUUGCCUUACUGUCUGUGAUUCCUUAUUCCUGGCCCCUGUCCUGUAGAGCUGGUCACAUGCAGGCUUGGUCUGAGGCGGUUGGGGAGAAGAGUGGCUAGCCAAGGUGGGGAUGCCCUUUGCCAUCCCGCUGGCCAGGCGAGGUUAGGGAGCAGGAGGGCUUUCUCCCAGGAACGUGCGGCUCCGGUUUUGAUGGCAGAUCCGCCAGAUCCAGUCCCAAAUUCCUUUGUGUUUCUCAAGGGAAGUUGCCUCCAGAGUAGGAUGUGGAGAGGUGUCCCAGAGGCGCUGUUGAGUUAGGGAUGUCUGGGUUUGUUUGGUUUUGGUUUGGUGUUUUGUUUUUUUUUUUUUUUUUUAAG